AAGAGAGUUCAGAGAUUUUGGAAGACUUCAAGUUACUUCACAAACGUUAAGGGAUUAGAAAGAUUUCAAGAGAUUUCCUACAACUUCAAGAAACUUCAAAUAUUUCGCAAGACUUCCAGAGACUUCAAAGAUUUCAGAAGAUUUUAAAAGAUUUCAAAGAUUUGAUGAUACGUCAUGAGACUUUAGGCAAGAAGUCUCUUUUGUUUACCCUUAGGUAUUAUUUCAAUAUCCGCUUCUGAUUUUAGGCUGGUGCUGAUUAUCUACCUGAAUUUGAAGAAUUCUUUGAAGAUGAUAGUAUCACCAAAGGUGACAAUUUAAUUGAACAAGAGUUGGCUGAAUUAGAUGAUAUUUUUUUAUCAUCACAGCCAAUUCUUCAUCAGUCAGCAUUUACGAAACUUGCUCGAGAACGUUCACCAAUAUUAUCUAAAAUUAUUGAUGAAUCAAAAGGAAAUAAAGAAAAAGAUAUUAAAAAUCCUUUAUUUUCUAAAGAAUUAGUUAAAAUAUUUUAUAAAUGGAUUGCUUACUUACCUAUUUUCACGGGAUUAAUGUAUCAAUUUCAAGAUCGGUAUGCAUCUGAUUCUACUUAUGAUGUACAUUCAAAAACAUUAUCAGGUGGUCGUGUUUCCAACGCACCAAUUGAAUCCUUUUUCAAGAUUUUGAAACACUCAAUUCUUCGACAGCAAACAAAUCUUCGACCAGGGGAAUUCCUAUUGAAAUUAUAUUCAACAACAAAUGCUCGACUUAAAGCCAACCAAUUGAACAUUCAACAAACUGGAUCAAAGAAACGUGGUCGACGAAAAAAACAGCAAGUUGAUCAAGUUGAUAGAACAUUACUUAUGGAACAAUGGAAGAAGCAAGGAACAGAAAUAGCAAGUCGUGGUGUUUAUUUUUCUAAAUAUGUUGAACAAAAAUUAGUACCAGGUGAUAUUCGAAGUCGUCUGCGAGAGAAACUUCAAAUGAGACAAGAUCGAUUAGAUGAUGUUGAAGGUAGUGAUAAUAUGACAUAUAUUUCAACGAUGGAUACACCAUUUGAAGAAUUUGCUGCGAAACCUGUGGAAAAUGUUGAAGUUGAAGAAAUUUCCGAACCUGUCGAAUAUAUUGAAGUUCAAGAUGUUUCGGAACCACUUCAAGAAUUAAAUGCAAAUACAAAUUCAAUACUACCUGUUAGUUUUCAUGAAGCCAAAGAACUUAAUUCAAGUACUACAACGACCAGUAGCAGCAGCUCACAAUCAAAAUUUAAUAAAGUAUAUGAAAAAGAUAUUAAUGUAAAUGAAUCUGCUCAAACAAUAUUACAACAAUCACACCAUACUUAUGAAAAUAAUAAACAAGUUAUUGAAUUUCGUUUACCAAAGAACUGGCCGACACAUACGACAAUUGGAAAUUUAAAAUUACAAUUUCCACAUUUUAAUAUUGGGUCAACUUUUAUCAGUAGUGAUCGUCAAUAUUCUGCCUCAAAUACCUGCUCAUUAGAUUCAUCUUUAUUUUUACUUUAUUAUAUUUAUAUGUCACAUUCUGACGAAUUUCGUUCUUUAUUCGAUUCCGAUAUUAAAGUUUGUGAUCGAUUACGAAAAACAUUCGAUCUCGUUGAAAGUAAAGGAUGGGAUCUUGCGAGAAUGUAUUGGAUUACUGCUAAUUCAAUCUAUUCAAAUCCAAAAGCUGGUUGUGCACAUAUUGAUUUAUAUGGAACUGCUGAUACAAAUGUCUUUCAAUAUUUAAGAGAGAUACAAAAGCAUGUUAUCGAAUCUACGUGCACGUGUUCAGAAUGUCCUAAGCCCAUCAGACAUUCACAUUCUGUCGAUAUAAGUCUGCCACAAGUUAGUGGUCGUAAUCGUCGUAUCAUUAAUUUAAUAAAUUUUUCUGAACACUUUACUACAAAUUGUGGUGCUACCAUUGGUCCUGAUGAACCAACAACGUACAAUGGUUCUUAUAUUCGAGAUGAUUUCUUUCCGGCAAAACAUGGUAAUGGUAUCACAACAAUGUUUGUAUGUAAUUCCAAUCGAAUUGCUAAACCCCAUCAAUUCGUUUAUAAAUCACCACCGAUCGUACUCCUGAAUGUUGGGAAAAGUGUAAUUACCAUCGAGAAAAACAAAACAGUAGCAACGAUGGUUAAGGAUUUACCAUUUGCACUUACUAUUGGAAAACAACGUUAUAAUCUAGCAGGAGCAAUUUGUCCACAAGCAAAUCAUUUUACUGCUACUAUUGUUUGUGCUAAAGGACGAUUUUCUAAAUAUGACGAUCUCAACAAAUUUGGCGUAAAAAACAAUGAAGGUGGCGAUGACGUUGCCGAAACAGCAAUUUAUGCUAUUGAAACGCAAGACAAUGACAACUAG